GAUUAGGUUAGGUUGUUAGUGAAGAAAAAGAGGAAGAAGAGUAAGUAAACUUGUUAGUUCAAACCUCCCAAGAGCUUUCUACUUCCAUUUUCCCGAGAAAAUCUGCAUCUCCAUUUUCCAAUUCAACUCAGAAAAUGUUGUCUUCUCGAUCACUAUUUCGUUCGAAUUACCUCAUAUCGUCCAUUUCGCUUUCGCAUUCUUUUUCUUCAGCGUCCGCAGCAGCUUCUGAAGCUGAGAGAACGAUCAGAGAAGGUCCUAGGAACGAUUGGACCAGACAGCAAAUCAAGUCUAUUUAUGAUUCUCCUCUUCUUGACCUUCUCUUCCAUGGAGCCCAAGUUCACAGACAUGCCCAUAACUUUAGGGAAGUGCAGCAAUGCACUCUUCUCUCUAUUAAGACCGGUGGUUGUAGUGAGGAUUGCUCUUAUUGUCCUCAGUCAUCAAGAUACGACACUGGACUGAAGGCCCAAAAGCUUAUGACUAAAGAAGCUGUCAUGAAUUCAGCAAAGAAGGCUAAAGAGUCUGGUAGCUCACGUUUCUGCAUGGGUGCUGCAUGGCGAGAUACAAUAGGAAGGAAGACUAACUUCAAUCAGAUACUUGAAUAUGUGAGAGAAAUAAGGGACAUGGGAAUGGAGGUUUGCUGCACCUUGGGUAUGCUGGAGAAGCAGCAGGCUAUUGAACUCAAGAAGGCCGGCCUUACAGCUUACAAUCACAAUCUUGAUACCUCACGAGAAUACUAUCCAAAUAUUAUCACAACUAGAACUUAUGAUGAACGACUUGAAACCCUCCAAUAUGUUCGUGAAGCUGGAAUUAAUGUUUGUUCAGGAGGAAUAAUUGGGCUUGGAGAAGCAGAGGAGGACCGAGUUGGGUUGUUGCAUACGCUGGCCACACUGCCUACUCAUCCAGAGAGUGUUCCUAUCAAUGCAUUGGUUGCAGUAAAAGGCACACCUCUUCAAGACGAGAAGACAGUUGAAAUAUGGGAAAUGAUUCGAAUGAUUGCAACGGCUCGUAUAGUGAUGCCAAAAGCGAUGGUGAGGUUGUCAGCUGGGAGAGUUCGUUUCUCAAUCUCUGAGCAGGCAUUGUGCUUUCUUGCUGGUGCAAACUCUAUUUUCACAGGUGAAAAACUGUUGACGACAGCCAACAAUGAUUUUGAGGCGGAUCAAAUCAUGUUCAAACUGCUUGGAUUAAUUCCCAAGCCUUCUCAAUCAAACGACUCUGAUCUAGAAAAUUGUGAAGAAGCUGCUUCUGCUUCACAAUGACCUUACUGUUCUUGUGCAUUUCGUAUUUCUAUCUACCUCAGUGCUGUGUAUAUGCCUGUUCUACAAGAAUCUAAUUAUUUUUGUCAAGUGUGUUUGGUGUAGAGUGCAACAGAGUGUCAUUGACUAGUUAUGUUUCCGUUUAGAGCAGGAGAAGUUUAUCUUCUAAGGUUGUAGGUUUAUUUCUGUAGCAAGAAUAGUUUGAUUAUAAUCUCACUUAAUAGUUUUACCAAUUCCUUUUUAAAUUUGUCUAAAAAUGCCACUAAUGAAAA